AUGUUGAUGAUGCAUUUGGCAUGGUUGAUAAUUUUGUUUGCUGCUUUUGUUAAGGCUGAUGAUGAUUGGGACGAUUUUACGAAUAAUCUUGCUACAGACUUGGCACCCUUAAUUACAUUAUUCGGCGAACGACUGACGAAACAAUUUUUGUCCGAGUCCAUCAGCGCCCUCGAUAAUGUCAUCUUCGCUCUAUCACCACUCGGGGUGCUGACUGCGGUUGUAUCUGUUAUCAGAAUAUGCGGAAGUUCAUCAUUGAGAGCUUUCGUCGGGCGAGCACAGGAAGGCCCGGCUGAAGCAGAAAGUGAACUACUGCCCUGUGUGUCGGAGUCUACCGCCGAGCUCUUCAACGAUGGUGGCGUCGCUCGAGUGUUUGGGCGACCGAAGAUCAUGGAGAUCGUAUCUUGGGAGGAGAAUCACAAUAAUGGUGGAACGACAACGAGGAUGGGCACAAUGAAAGAGGCCCUCGAGCAGGGGGCUUGGUCUUGCAAGGGGAAAACUGCGCCGAGUGAGCUGCCGGAAUUGGAUAUCCCAAAUCUCUCCUUGAAUAAAGGAAUCAAAAGACGAGGUCAAGGCUGGUUCUAUUGUGCCGCUGUGCUUGGGGGUGUGUUGCAGAGUGGCACCAUCAUCUAUGCGGCACUUACGGUGUUUGUAUUCCCACAGCACUUCAAGAAAGACGAUAAAGCAGUGGCCUCCUACGCAUUUCCAUUCUACUUCAUCGGGACAACCCUCCUUUUCAUUGGGAUGUUCUUCUGCGCAUUCAUCAUGGAACGCUCGUCCAAAGAGUUCUAUCUGAAGCCAGAAAAGCCCAGUACGAUAUAUUGGGUGCAACCAGGAAAUCAAGAUGUUGGAGAUCAAGCCUUCAAUGCAUUCCUGGCUGUCAAGGAUGACCCAGAUGAAUACAUUAAGUCUGUCAGAGACCGACGAUUCGACAGGAAAUAUGUGGAAAUAUACUCCACGCUUGCUUCAACAUUACUAGGAUUUAUCCUACAAUUUGUCGGACUGAGAGGUCUACAUGCAUCCGUCAUCCUAGCUCAGCUGGGGUCAACCUUCCUCAUGGCAAUUAUACGAACCUGUCUCCGCACCGAAAGAAUGGCACCAGGCGAGAACAAAAUGAGAGGCGAUCGAGAGCUCACAUCUGACAAGAAGCAAGAACUAGACUGUUUUGCAUUUCAUCUUGAAAACAUGAAUUCCUUCGAUCUCGUCCCAAUCCCUGACAGACUUGCCAGUAUGCCUUCGCCUAGAUUUACGCCCCAUACUGGGAAUCCAUUGGCAAAACAAAUCAUUCGAACCAGAGUUCAACUGGCGAAGUUGACCUCCAACUCGAACCAGGGCUUGAAUGUCAACUGGGAUGACAUGCCUAUUCGCCAGGUCGCUAGAAAGCUUGCCAAGGCAAUUGAGUCCACGAUAGAUCUGAUGAACAAUUGGGGUGUUGAGUUUGGGACGACAUUCGAGUUUCGACUUGCCUUCAAAUGUCAACAAGUCGAUUCAAAAAGUAUACCCGAGCCACCAGGGACGUACUCUAUCGGUCUUAUGCGAUGCGGUGAUGUCCUUCGAUGGAAAAUUGAUCCCAAUGAGCUUGAAGCCGUUUUGGGUUUGUGGGUGUGGUCUCUUCAUAAGUCCAGCAAGCAUUGGCGAGAGUCAAAGUUUUGCCGGCUUGUUGGACUAGACGUGAAUGAGGCAAGCCUCGAGGAGACAUACCUCUACUUUCACAAGUGGAUCUUCCGACAAACAGAGGCAAGACUAGUCAGCUCUGAUGCGAUUGGCGACACCCAAAGACUGUUCAUCUCCGAGCCCGAGGAGGACCUAUCUGAAAAGAGUGUCUUGGUUUUGAGAACCAACAAUCCACUUGAAUACCAGGCUGCUCAGGAUAUCUUCGUGCACUUCUUCAAGGAAGCUAUGACUUACCUGAAGAGGCUCGGAGGAGAAGUUGACAUAGAGCCUGGCAUACGAGGUUCUUUCUUGGGAUCGAGUACUCGGAUCAAUGAAUUGGUCACCGAACUCGAGAGAUCGGGACUGGGCACUAGGGAAGACGCACUACUAUGCAUCGUUCCAGUGCUGAAGAAGCAACAUCUCCUGCCCGAUCUGGCCGCGGACUCUCCGAUGGUCAAAACUCGCGUUAAAGCUUUGGUCGAACAGGGCAAUUGGGAAUGUGUAUUUGCGUUGAUCCGCUGGCUCUGCGAGCGAUCAGAUGGACCCGAGCUUGAGAGGUCCACAUACGAGCUGGGCUAUCUUUGCCGCCAGGCCAUGCUAGGGGACAGCGCUAUGGCGCAAAGUCAGGGGACUGAGCAGAUAUACAGACUCCUAAAAUCCGAUGUUCGAGACGCAUUCUUCCAGUCUAGAGCACAUCUCGUGCACAGAGAUUGGACAAAAUCACAAAACCGCGUCAAUUGGUGGAACUCCUUUUGUGCCCAGCUUGGCUGGAUCGCGUGGGAGAUUGCAAAAGGAAACCCUGAGAUGAGUUCCGCCCAGAAUGCUCUCAACAAUUUGGGGGUAAAACAGGAGCUAUACAACAUCAUUGACCCGCUUCAUGAAACAGAGUACCUCCACAUCAGCAGACGGGUGUUUAAGCACUGGCUUACAAUCAGCAUCCCUGAUUUGGAGGCUGGACUAUCAUCAUCCGAAGAUUGCGACGAUUUCUGUUUCGGAUGGGCGAUUCAGAACAACCACUAUGCACUGCUCUACUUCUCAAUUCUGAGGGUCAUUGAGUUGAGUGAGCAGCUGCCAGACUUGAUCCCGAGCGUGUACGCCAACAGUGCCAGACAUAGGUCCAAGUGGGCGAUACAAGUUCUGCUUCGCCAUGGAAUGAACAUCGACGCUGUGAACUCAGUCAAUCAGACGGCUCUGAUACAAUGCAUCGCAAGGGUGGAUCUCGCAGGCGUCCGAAUUUUGCUUGAAAAUGGCGCCAAUGCCAAUGGUGGUGACAAAACUCUUGGACCAAAACCACUGUUCGCAGCGUUAGAUAUUGGAAAUGUUGACACGCUUGAAUUGAUACUGCAGUAUGGCGCAUCUCCCCACUCCUUCGACAGUAGGGGAAUAUCUGCGAUGUGGUGGGCUAGCAGGUCUGGCGACGUCAAGAUUGUGGAUGCGCUUCUCCGCCAUGGUGCACCGGUAAAUUCGAUCGAUUACACUCUGUUGAUGUUUGCGGCAUCCGAAGGACAACUUGAUAUGUUGACAUUCCUCAUUGAAAAGGGGGCAGACAUUGAUGCUCGCGAUCGCGAAGGCCACACUGCACUCAUGCAUGCGGCAUUAGGUGCCAAACUUUCAGCACUGGAAAUACUGGUCCAACGGGGAGCCAAUGUGCACCUUCAAAAUAACCAGGGGCUGACAGCAUUAGACUUGGCCAGGAAGAAAGAAGAUAGGUUUGUCGAUACUACUAUACAGCAUCAACACAACAUGGGCUUCUCGGACAGGGACUCGGCAAGCAAUCGAAAUGCUAUCUUUGGGCGCAUUAUAGCUUUGCUGGGACAUUCAAGUCAUUAA